GCGAAGUUUAGCUUCCUGAGGUGCUGUGGGCGUGGUUACGGUUGGCGGAGAGCUGUUUUCGUGAGGUGUUCCAGAUCUGCUAGGUCAAGAAUUGGUAGUAGCGGUGGUGAUGUCUCUCUCUAAAGCUGGAGCCUGGCCGCGGACGUGGGACCCCAGCCCUUCGGAACACAGGAAGUGGGUGGAAGUAUUUAAAGCCUGUGAUGAAGAUAAUAAAGGCUAUCUAAGCAGAGAGGACUUCAAGGUUGCUGUUGUAAUGCUGUUUGGUUACAAGCCCUCCAAGAUAGAAGCAAAUUCUGUGAUGUCUUCAAUAAAUCCCAACACUUCUGGCAUAGUACUUGGGGAGUUUUUAAAUAUUGUAAGGAAAAAGAAGGAAGCUCAACUGUAUUGGAAUGAGAUAAGACACAUCUUCACAGCUUUUGAUGUGCACUAUCGUGGCUAUUUAACUUUGGAAGAUUUCAAAAAAGCAUUCAGGCAGGUAGCGCCCAGAUUACCAGCAAGGACUGUUCUUGAAGUAUUCAGGGAAGUGGAUCGUGACUCAGAUGGUCACGUCAGCUUUAGAGACUUUGAAUACGCUAUGAAGCAUGGACAAAAUGAAGCCUAACUAUUGUGAUCUACUUUUUGGCAACUGUAGGGAGAUCUAUAGAUUGUAAAUAUACUCGAAGAUCAAAGCCCAGAGUGAAGCUGCCCCUGAGGCUGUGCCUCCUCUCUAUUCUUGUUACCCCGUCACCCACCAAUUCUGCAUUGGAGUGUUCCACUCGCUUCUAGUCUUCACCACCCGACCAACCGGGGGCCCUGGUUCUUAUCAGCUCCUGAAGGCUGGUAGGGGCAGCUGUUCCCUGCCAGUGGUGGCAGUUCCCUUCAUUCAUACCACAUUGGUUGAACAGGUAGUAGCAUCUAUGUGUACUGUAUGCUUAUUACAGCCGAUUCUAAGCAAUGAGAAAGGCAUUGGGAAAAUAAGGACAUAAGAUUUAUCUGAGAUAAAGUACCCAGAGUCCAAGUCUUCAUCACACAGUGACCCCAGGGUACGGGUGGUGCAAGGCAGGGGAAAUCAGAUUGCAGUAACGCAAGGCAGCCCUCUCGCACCUUACGUAGAGGAAGAAAGAGUGCAGUGUGGGUCCUGGGAACAAAAGAUGUGUUUACAGAAUCCUGUUGAGUGGUCUGACUCUGAGCUUCCUGUGCAGAGAAGCAAACCCAGGCCUGCCUAUCUGCCCUCCGCUGCACACUUCCGGUUCUGGCUUGUUCUGCCCUGCACCGAGAGCCAUACUAUUACUGGAUCCAGAUCCUGGUCUCCAUGCUCUGCCUGUCUUCCUGGCUCCACUGACUGCUACACUAGAGCAAAAUCUGGGACACUGGACAUUCAGCAUUCACUUAAAAUAAUUCCAAAGUGCUGAUAUGAAUACUAAUUUUUAAUGUCAGUGUUCACAAUUCACAACAUUAACAACAGAAGUGAAACAGUAUAUAAUUCAUAUCUUUAAAGUGUUAAAUGUUUAAAGGUCAAAUAAAAAUGUAAAUUUGCAGAACAAAAACAUUUAGCAAGCUUCAUUCUCAUACAAAUUAUUAGCAGAUAACCUUAAUAAAAAUAAAGUUGUAAACUAUGAGGAGCCUAAGGAAACAUGAUAGGUAAACAUAAGCUGGUGUCCUAGGUGGCUCCUGGAAUAGAAAAAGGACUUUAGGUUAAAAAAAAAAGUCAGAUAUGGACUUUAACUACUGAUAAUAUAUCUGUAUUGAUUGGUUCAUUAAUUGUAACAAAUGUACCGAACUCUUAAAAAAAGUGUUGAUAAUAAUGAAAAUUGGAUGAAGGGUA